AACUCAAUGCCUUGGAGUCCAACAGACAUUGUAGGCAUUGAAUUGGUGUUUUUUGGUGAUCAUGGAGGUUAUGGAUUAGACGAAUUGUUACGAUCAACAGCAGGAGUUUUAGGGAAAGGCGUUUUCGGGACGAGUUAUAAGUCGGAGUUGCCAGGGAAAAAUGCAGUAGCUGUAAAAAGAUUGAAGGUUGGUUUCUUAGCUGAGGAAGAAUUCAGAGAAAAAAUUGGUGAAGUAGGAAAGAUGGUUCAUGAAAAUUUGCUUCCUCUUAGAGGAUAUUGUUGGCAUCAGAAUGAAAUUCUUCUUGUAUAUGAUUAUGUUAGAAUGGGAAGCUUAGCUUUUCGUUUACAUGGGAAUGAAGGUAGGAACAAGGCCUCACUUACAUGGGAAGUAAGAAGUAGCAUUGCAUAUGGAGUUGCCCGUGCAAUCGAAUUUCUCCAUUCCCGAGGCUCGGAUUUCUGCCAUGGAAACAUAAGAUCAUCCAAUGUUUUCCUCACCGACUCCUUAUCAGGUGUUCGUCUAUCUGAGUUUUCCAUUGCACGAAUUCUCUCUUCAGAUACAAAACUAGAGCUCGUGGCUGGUUAUCGCGCACCAGAAGUGACAAAUGCUCAUGAAGUCUCACAAAAGUCAGAUGUCUAUAGCUUUGGUGUUCUGCUCUUGGAACUAUUAACUGGUAAAGCUCCACUAGAUGCAUUUACCAAGAACAAAGGAGUAGAUUUACCUAAGUGGAUCCGUUCCAUGUUUCAAGAGAAGCCGGUCAUCGAUGUUUUUGACACCCUGCUGCCUAAACAUGACCAGAGUAGUGCUGAGCAAAUGAUCCUUCUGUUACAGCUUGCAGUUUGCUGUACUUUUCAGUAUCCAAAUAAAAGACCUUCAAUGGCAGCAGUGACAAAACAGAUUAGGGGUACCUGCAGGUUUUAUUGAUGACAGCAGAAUAU